GCAUCUCAUGACUUCCACGCUUCUUCGUCACUUCACACACCUCUCAUUGCAGCUGCUGAUCUCUACAUCCUCCGUCUCCCCAUCGGCGGCAGAAUCAUGGCAUUGCUCAAGGCUCUAGGAGUUGCGCUCAUAGCGCUCAUCACCUUCACUACUGCAGAUGUGUCGCAAUGCUGCCGUAACCUUGAGAACAAACUGGGAGCACAAUCCUUCUACGGCCACAACGACACUGAUUUUGCCGUUCAGAACACCCGCUGGUCGACCAAUGCUCGCCUCAAUCCAACCUGUAUCAUCAAGCCACAUCAUGCUGAGCACGUUGCCCAAGCUGUGACUGUUCUGGUGGAGGGCGAGUGUGAAUUCGCCAUCAAGGCUGGAGGUCACACGCCUUGGUCUGGAGCGAACAGCAUCGACCAUGGUGUUGUCAUUGAUCUCUCUUUCCUCAAUCGCACAGCUUUGUCGCCCGACAGAAGCUUCGCUCGACUCGGCGCUGGAGGUACCUGGGGCCAUGCCUACAAUCAGCUCAACGGAAGCGGAGUGGCAAUCCCUGGCGGUCGAGUCAAGACUGUAGGUGUAGGAGGUCUUGUGCUGGGCGGUGGGUAUUCGUGGCUCACUCCCAAGGUUGGGUGGGUCGCGAACAAUGUUCUCAACUACGAGAUCGUGCUCGCCUCGGGAGAGGUAAGGAACGUCAAUGCUAGUAGUGACAGUGACCUCUUCAUGGCAUUGAAGGGCGGCGGCAACAACUUCGGCAUCGUCACCAGCUUUGACAUUGCGACUUUCAAGCACGACCAAAAGAUCUGGGGAGGGUUUUUCGCACUUCCCGCAACGGAUACAAACACGACCUUUCAGUCCUUUCAGCAGUUUGUCGAAAAGGUGGCCGAAGGAGAUGAUGACGCUUCGUUGGUGGCUCUCGAGUUUGUGCACACCAAAACUUCAUCCCAGGACCAGAUCAUCAACUGGGUAUCCUCGAUUGAUGCAGUCGAUGAGACUUCGGCACUAUGGGCCUACGAUCCUCUUUUCUCAGGGAACAAACUGGCGAACAGCACGGGCUGGACGACGUUCGCUGAUUUUCCAAAUAGUAUUCCGCCGGUUGCUCGGGUCACAUUUGCAACCGUGACGGUACAGCCGAUGGCCAUUGACUCUGUACCCGUACUCGAGAAGAUCCACCAGAUUACGCGGGAUGUCUACGAGACGCUGAGCCAUGUUCCGGAUCUGACCUGGGAUGUUCAGUACGAGCCACUUCCGCGUGCUUAUGAUGACCGCGGGCUGGUCGAAGGCGGCAACAUCAUGGGCUUGAAUUACACGACCAAGAGCUUAGUAAUUGUGUUUCUCAUGCCAUUGUGGGAAGAUGCUCGCUUCGACAACGAGGUCAAUUCUGCUGUUCAGAAGUGGCUAACUCUGGUCCAAACAUACAUCGCUGUCCACGAUGUCGGCUAUCCUUUUGAGUACCUGAAUUACGCAGCACCAUUCCAAAACCCGCUUGCAAGCUAUGGAGCGCACAACUUGCAAUUCUUGAAAGAAGUCAGCAAGAAAUAUGAUCCGGACCAAAUCUUUCAGCGGCUCGUGCCUGGCGGCUUCAAGCUCAAUUGAACAUCGUCAUCUGAUGAUUUGUUGCUGUCUAAUGUAAAUACUGUCGAUAUCUCAGACCACUGUUUUCCAGCCCCA